AUGGCCAGCAACAACAUGGAUCUGCGCGGUUGGAUAGCAAAAUGGGGGCAAGCUGGUAGAACUAGCAAUGUUGGACACGAUAUUGAACAGACUCUUGAACAUAAAAAGAGCAGGGAGCAACAUAUUGCGCAACUCCUCGCUUCGAAGCAAAUCGAAACUCCUCAAAAAGUCAAAGCAUCAAGACGAGAUGACAUCCUACAACUCAAAUCUCUAUUACCACUUCAUCGCAACCCAGCUCAACACUUCGAACGUCUUUUGGUGGUCUUCAUGUUCCGCACUCCUUUCUCCAGGCUAACUCGCAGGCAACAAAGUGACUACGGCUGGGGAUUGGAAAGUGUGCCCCUGCUUGAAAUGUUCGGAAGAGAAUUUCUGAAGAAAAGCUGUGAGCUGUAUGGAGUCGAGCUUGGCAGAUUACAACUAAUCGUCAAUGAAUUGUGGUUGGAAAAGAUGUUCUCGCCAUCAUUGAGCUUGAUGAGUGAGCUUCGAAAAUUCACAGACAUGGAUCUGGUGAGCGAUUUGUUCAGAACGGCUAUUGGGUUACCACCUCUCAACAAGGACGGUCUGGUCUCUGCAAGUCAAAGCAGCCCUUCGGAUCUACUCAGUACUAAAGAGCGCAUCCAUGAGCCACGGGAAAACCCAAGACAAUCUUUCAACGCCUUGGCUCAGAAGCCAAAGUCAUCGAACAUCGCGCAACCCACAGCUGGCAGUCGUACACCACGUCCCACGAAAAGUGUGUACAUGACCAUGAUUUCUUCCACUCCCAAACAUGGAGGAAAGAAAAAUAUUUACAACCCAUCGGAUCUCCGUCGACCAAAGGGCUCAACUGCUCCUGUUCAAAACUACAGGGCUGCGCAACCAACAUACGUCGAUUCGAAAUAUUAUUCUAUACCACCAUCUAAGGAUGUGAGUAUCAGCAGAGACAGUGCCCCCAGCCGUUGUUUCUCCACAUUCGAAGUAUCUCGAAAUGAAGAAUGGGACAGCUCUUGCCGAUCUCAAUCCACACAGCUCAAGCCUCGGUCGAGAUCAUUUUCUGAGGGUCCUGAUAAUUCACGACAUAGCGCCCCAGAUACUUCCUUCUCUGUGCCUGUUAUUCAUCAAUACGCACCAUCUGGAAAUCUCUCCACGCCUCAAGCCGAACAAAAUAGCCCGGAUAUUUGGCUUGAAGCCAGAAUUGAAUCAGCUAGCAUUCAAACCGCAAAUCAUAUGCUUGGCAGUUCUUCAGCUAUUAGUUCUGGCCCAGGUUACGAUGAGGAUCCCAUGGAAAUCGAUGAUGCAGUAUUCCUAAUCGUGGCAAACACUUCACUUGCCUCGAGUCAAACCCCAACAGGAUAUGCCAAUACCACUCCUGAUUACUAUGACGAUGGAGACGCAAUGGAUCUCGAUGAUGCCAUGGAUCUCGAUAUAUCAUUUCCCGAACGCCAACGAAGACCCUCUCUGACUCGCUAUCAAACUUUGUUGAAAUCAACACACGCUGCAUCCGAGGCUGGGUCUGCAGCUGGAGCUACAUCUCGUAGCAAUAGCAGACGAAGCUCUAUCUGUAAUCCCUCGCCGACUGCUUCUACUAUUAUGAAUGCAAUGAAAAUCAAUCAUUCAAGAGUAGUAAGGAGCUUACGCAAAUUUCGUCGGUCGUCUCCAUCUCUACGAGAUAUUGUGACUCGGUUGGAGGAUUUGGAUACUCGCCCAUUUUAG